GCUAGGGCUGGAGCGAUGGCCCGGGUUUGGAGCCCGCGGCCGCCGCCGCCACCACCACCACCAGCAAGUUGGGAGCAGCUGCGGCUACAGCCGGAGUGGGGGCCGGAGUCGCGGCUGGAGUGGAGGCGGCGCGUGUGAGUUGCCCAGAGUCGCCAGAACACCUCAAACUCGGCGGGAGCACUUCAGGUGGGCUGAGCCGCCGUCGCACCUCCGCACCGCUCUACCCUCCCGGCCCAGCCAGCAGGGCUGGGGUCUCCCAGGUGCGGGACUGGCCGUUGGCAAGCUGAGCCCUCCGAGCCGUGUUCUAGGCCUUCCUCAGUCUCGGGCCCCUUCAAACUCAAGGCCGAGGCCGGAGAACGGUGAUCACCCCGAGACCCGGUCCAUUUCUUUGGCGCCCAAGCUGUGUCGGGUUGUAGCGGCUUCGAGCCCUCUUCUGCUGCCACCUCUCUAGCUAGGGAGCGAGUAGCGCGUUCUCACUGUUCAGCUCUGCACCUCCCCUUCUUCUCCCAUCAAGAACAAGUUUCUUUUCGCUCUCUGCUGGAAGUCCUGCCCCGGAAGGCCAAAACACCCAUCUGCGUGUCCUUCCCCAGCUCCCGGAACACACUUAGAAAUAUAACCUACCUAUUCGGAGAUAAAGAUUGCGUCCCUUGCCACCCGCUUAUCUGAGACUCCAUGCCCAGAGCCUUACCCAUUUUUAUCACCAGCUCCUUGGCCAUCUCUAUGUGACCUCCCCCACCCAUCUGAGUAUCACUUUCCUCUGGACUCCAGGCGCUAGCCCCCAGCGGAUCUGGUCAGUCCCACCCCUUGGUGGGAGUGACCCAGGGCUCUAGCCCAGAUUCCCCACCCUGGAAGGCAGCUCCAAGGCAGCGAGAGAAUUGGGCGUCGGGUACGAUCCUGGCAGCUCAGGAGUGGGUGCACCACUCACCCCACACAAAAAGAUGAAGAAGCGCAAAGAGCUCAAUGCAUUGAUCGGCUUGGCUGGGGACAGUCGGAGAAAGAAGCCCAAGAAAGGCUCAGGCCACCGCCUCCUUCGCACUGAGCCUCCUGACUCAGACUCUGAAUCCAGCUCCGAAGAGGAAGAGGAAUUCGGCUUAGUUGGAAAUCGCUCUCGCUUUGUCAAGGGAGACUAUUUACGAUGCUGCAAGAUCUGUUAUCCCCUCUGUGCUUUUGUCAUCCUUGCCGCCUGUGUUGUGGCCUGCGUUGGCUUGGUGUGGAUGCAAGUUGCCCUGAAGGAGGAUCUGGAUGCCCUCAAGGAAAAAUUUAGAACAAUGGAAUCUAAUCAGAAAAGCUCAUUCCAAGAAAUUCCCAAACUUAAUGAAGAACUACUCAGCGAACAAAAGCAACUUGAGAAGAUUGAAUCUGGGGAGCUGGGCUUGAACAAAGUCUGGAUAAACAUCACAGAAAUGAAUAAGCAGAUUUCCCUGUUGACUUCUGCAGUAAACCACCUCAAAGCUAACGUUAAAUCAGCUGCAGACUUAAUUAGCCUGCCUAGCACUGUAGAGGGCCUUCAGAAGAGUGUAGCUACCAUUGGCAACACUUUAAACAGUGUCCAUCUUGCUGUGGAGGCAAUACAGAAGACUGUGGAUGAACACAAGAAAACCAUGGAGUCACUGCAGAGUGACAUGAAUCGGCACUUCUUGAAAGAGACCAGUGGAAGCAACCAGCUCAUUCCAUCACCUUCAGCUACAUCAGAAUUUGACAAUAAAACCUACAGUGAGAAUUUGAAACAGGAUAUCCUGUACCUUCACAACUCUUUAGAGGAGGUAAACAGUGCCCUAGUUGGGUACCAGAGGCAGAAUGAUCUUAAACUCGAGGGGAUGAAUGAGACAGUCAGUAACCUUACCCAGAGAAUCAACUUGAUAGAAACAGAUCUUGUUGCUGUGAGCACGGUAGAAAAGCAAGCGAACCUGUCCCUCAGCAUGAUGGAUGAAAGAGCCACCACUCUGAAAAGAGAGUCCUUGCAUCAAGUGACCAACAAACCAGAUACAUUAAAAACCCAAAGCAUCAAGAAAGAAGAUAGUUCAGAUUCUCAAGUAUCCAAGCUAAGAGAGAAACUGCAGCUGAUCAGUGCUCUCACAAACAAACCUGAGAGCAACAGGCCUUCAGACACUGCUGACAAAGAGCAAGUACAGAGUUUCACAUCAAAGCCGUCGGCGUCGCCAAAAUUUCCACAGUCUCUUGGAGGUCAAACUGAGAAAGCUGUGCAGCUAAGACCUAUUGCCCUACCAGGAAUUUCUAGCAUUGAAGAUCUUCAGGAUUUAUUCCACAAGACUGGCCAGGACAUGGAUGGGAAGCUGACCUACCAGGAAAUCAGGAACUCCUUAGGUUCUAGUGUGCCGGAACUAGAGACUUUGAGAGCAUUUGAUUCUGAUGACGAUGAAAGAUACUCUUUCCUGGAGCUAAGGGUAGCUUUAGGUGUCUAGCCUCAUCAGGCAUAUUUUAGAAAUGGGUAUAUACCCAGGACUACCAAACAUCUACUCACCUAACACAAACAACCCUUUUACUUACCCAUCGAUCCUCCAGUCCUCCAGACUACUGUAGCAGACACAUUGCCACCUUUUAACUUGUUUGAAAAGCUAUAAAGAAAAGUUAUUUUUUUAAAAAAGGCCAUUUUACCUAUAUGAUAUUCAGAAAUCUAUGAUUUCCUAAUGCCAAUAAGAUCUUAAUUUCAAAAUUGCCAGGAAAAAAAAGUCAGGCCCUCUUUUUCUUUUCUCUUUCCUUUUUAAAUUUUUUUUUUUUUUUUAGGGAAGGAGACCUUCUCUUUUAAAACUGGAAAAUGUGUAUAUAGAGAGACUAAGCCACCUUUUAUAUUUCACAUAAAUUUGCCUUAAAUUAGCUGCACUUUAUACAGACUCAGAAAAUGUCUUUCUUUUAAAAGCUAGACCUUUUCUGUUUGUAAAUAUUUAAAAUGAAAGAAAGAAUUGUGCAUAUUUUGUGGGACGUCAGUAGAAUGCCUUGAAACAGGCUGUGAACAAAUGACUUGUUAAUUAAAAAUCACUAAUGUGGUAACAGCUAAAACUA